UGGGUCCUGCUCCGGCGAAAGGAGGAGAGAAAAAAAAGGAAAACCCACCUUUUUCAUUGUUGGGGACGCGGUGGAAUGUGAUGGUUUGAUCUCGAACGGACUCGGGAAGGGGAUAUACGAGAGAAGAGCUUUCGGGUGGAGGAAAAGGAGGAAAGAGGCUCCGCAGGGCACAGAGAGAGCGGGAUGAACUUGUCUUCUCCUCCGACUGGGGCCGCAUGAGCAACACUCCAGCCGCCGGUGGCAGCUUUUUGUGGAUUUACCGCUCUCUCUUCCCGACUUGACGACGGAGAGCAUUUUAAGGAUGGAGACUUUGGGAAGAGGAGCUUAACAUGUCAGAGAUGAAGGAUGUGUCUGAAAUAUGACAGAUUCAUCUUCUAAACACCAAGCUGACAGAACGUUAAAAGUCUUACAGCACCACUUGUAAAAAUCACAGCGAGACAGAUCACAGAUAGAUUCAAGCCACUUUCACGGCGGCCUUCGUCAAACAUUGAGCUUGCCUUGAUAUCAACGCAACACAAAUGUGGACCUCUGCAAACGCUCAAAUAAGCUGAAGAAAACAGACGCUAGAAACACAAAAUAAACUUUGUAGCCAUGUCUGACGUGACACAUCGCCACCUGCGGCACAAACUACAAAGUCUCAGUAGACGGCUUGAUGAACUGGAGGAAGCCACUAACAAGCUACAGAAGUCAGAAGAUGAGUUGCUCGACAUUCAGGACAAGAUCAUCCAGGCAGAAGGCAGCAAUUCAUCUUUGCUUGCUGAUGUAGAGGCCCUGAGGAAACGCCUCUUGAAAAUCCAAGGUAAAGAUGAGGAGGUACGCAAAGCGGAAGACCUCUGCCGUACAGUGAGAGAGAAACUGGAAGAGGAAGAAAACCUAACAAUGGAGCUCAAGGCCGAGAUUGAACAUCUACAGCGGAGGAUGGCAGAACUGGAAAAACUGGAAGAAGCUUUUGGUAAAAGCAAGUCAGACUGUUCUCAGCUCUGUCUCAGUCUCAAUGAAGAGAAGAACCUAACCAAGAAGCUAUCAACUGAGUUGGAGGUCCUCAAAGCACGUUUAAAGGAAAUGGAGGGGUCUGAGGUGAAACUGGACAAAGCAGAACAAGCUUUAGCUGCAGACCUAGACAAGCUUAAGGGAUUCUGCCAGACCUUUGAGAAUGAACAUAAGAGGAUACGAGAGAAACAAAGAGAAGAUGAGAAGCAUAUUCUAAAGCUCACAGAGAAACUCGAGCGCCUUGGCAUGUCAGUAGAGCCUGGUCGUGCAGACUUCAUGAGGUCAAGAAUUGAAGAGGAGCUGUCUUCCACAGGCAUCCACACCAGUAACUUGACCGGACGCAAGAAGAGCCUCGACUACAACAUUGGCUUGCUGAAUAAAUCUGAGAAUCAGAAGAACAGUGGUAUUACAGGGUCACCUGAGGAGGACAACAAAGUAAAGGAGUUGACACAGGAAGUUGAACGGCUUAAGAACCGCCUCAAACAGCUGGAAAUUGUGGAGGAUGACCUCAAGAGCUCGGAGUCAAAAAAUGGUGAGCUUCACGAAAAGUUCCAGAUGGAACGCAACCGGGCUCGCCAACUGAGCGAGCAGGUGGAACAGCUCAGGACGCAGCUGUGUAGUAAAGGUGUAAUCGGCGGCAACGGAACUAGUAAUGUGGAUAAGCAAGGCAAAGGAAGUACUAACAUCUGCCCCAACACUCCUGCCAAGCACCUGGAGAAUGGCAAAGCGGAGAAGGAAGAGAUUGUGAAGGGAAGUUUAAGGCAAGAGAAGCCUAAGUAUCGGAGUGCUGCAUCUGUCACAGAGGCCAGCUCGCCUAAGCACAGGAUCAGGGAGUUGUCUCCUCAGCAUAAGAGAGAAACCAAGCUGAGGACCAAAGAACUCAGCAACUCAGAGGAAAGUUCUGCAAUGUCUAUUAAGAGGACCCUCAGUCCUGCACACAAAAGUAGGAGGACACCCAAAAACCCAAAUAGUCUUAUUUCAUCUGAUAAUGGAAUAAAAGAGAUGGUCAGAGGCACUGAGGAAAAAGCAUACAAGGGAGCCAUGUACAGCUCUUUAAAUACACCCUUCAGUGAUAUUAAAAAAGUGUCUGUUCUGAAUCGCUACCCACCAGCAGCUAAUGACCAGAAGCCACUGAGGAUAGCUCACAGGCAGAGUGAUGGGGAGAGCAAAAAGAGCAGAAUGGAAAAGAUUUCUAAAUUGUAUGGAGGCAGUGACAGUGAAUCAAACAGCUCAGAUGUUGUGCUCGAGAGCAGUACCACUGCACUAGAGAGGGACACAGAGCUCACUUCAGACCAGGAAUCAAUAGACCCAGUUCAAGAUUCUGCAUCUGCUGCCUCCAGCCUAACCAAGGCUAAUGGAUCUUACAAAGCUUACAGAUCCAACGUCAAUCAACUGCUGCCAAAUGACCAGGGGUCUGAGGGUCAUUCCUCUGCUUCAGAAACAGAGUCUACUGGUUCAAGGCCCUCAGAACCAGAGACUGUAAAUGAAAUGACUACUACAACCCAGAGCAGUAGGACUGCAACCUCUAGAUAUUCCCAUGUCAAGGACACUUAUUCAGAGGGCUCCUCCUCCAGGAGCUCAUUUGAUGAAGAACUCCACAGCAGACCAAAUCUAGCUGAGGGAGGCGGUAACACUUCAUCUGUGCUCGAAGUCCAACGAGUUUGCAGUCCACGUGAGGCACUUUGGUCAAAAGCGGUAAUCAAACCCGCCAUUGUUGAGAUCGACAAGAAAGAAAUUAUGAUUUCAGAGCCCUUAUCUGCCAACGGCAAGCCCAGGAUAUCCACCAAACCCAUGUUGACCAACACCAGUAAAAUGACCAGCAGUAUAACAAUUUAUCCCAACGACCCAAGCUCCUCCAGAACCAGCAGCUGCAGCAGCAGUGUGUCCAGUGAGCCCUUGUCCGCCAAGGAACGCCACACAUCCACCAGUAACUUUCUCAUAGGCCCUAGUAGCGAACACCAUGGCAGCAUCUCAAUCCCUUACGAAAUCUCCAUCCCCAAGAGCGAGAUAACGAUGCGGCCAAGCCAGGACCAGGAAUCUGGAUCAGAUAACCAGAAUGAUUCCUCGUUCAAGUCCAGGCUCCACAGCACCUCCAGAGUGGAGACGGCCAUGAGGCACACGGCCUACCAACGAAGCAACUUUAGCCGCCAGUCUCCAGACACAAACUCUCCUGACCUCAACGACAUGGAUUCGGCCUUCGAAAGCUCCAGUAGCACCGCCACCUUCACCAGCUGUCAAAACCAAAGUCAUAGGCAGCACUCCCUGGAAGAGCAUUUAGUAGACAUGAAGAAUGUAACUGUGAGAAGCACCUGGAAGAACAAAGACAUUGCCUCUGAUGAUAAGGGUAGACGAAGAGGGGGUGGAAGGGGUUCUGAGGAUGAGGCAGAAACAGCAACAACAUGGAGGGCUUAUCUUGCAACAACGGUUGACUCUGACGACCCUGUGAGCCACGGACCAAGAACUGGCGGGAUUGUUUCCACUGCAAAGUUAGCCAAGCCAUCCCCUGCAGAUAUGUACAUACGAACCAUUGACAAAGAAGCUGAGGAAUCGGCGCUCCAUCGUGGUGGAAGCGCCAAGUCUCCCUCCCAUGAACUAGGAGCCCUGGGAAGGACCGUGCCUCAUGCACCUGUCACUUCUCAGUCCUGGAGCCGCUCGUACUCGCAACGACCACAGGGUGCCAACGCCGACAACGUCUUGUGGAGACAGCACCUCUCUGCCACAAACUCGUACGAUCGGAGCGCCAAGACGACGGGGAUGUCAUCCAGAGGGGAGCAGUGGUCCAGUCGGGGUCAAGCGUCGGGAAAGAGCGGCGCGGGGAGCCGGGUGUGGAGCCAUCGCCAGGCUGAACAUCAUUAGCGCAAGCUAGAGGGAGGGCAGAUGGCCAGAGUAGGAUUCAUGCACCACCAUCUCCAGCACACUGCAGCUUCUAGAACAAGCAAGAAAACGAUCACAGCCAUGGGGAGGACCUCGCCGCCGCACGAAUCCUCUUCUGCUUGUUUGGAUGUAUUAUAAAGUUACCUAAUAGUCUUGACAAAGAAGAGGCUCCUGCGAGGGCCGUAUCAGUCCCGUCACGUCAUCUCACAACAAAGUGCUGCGUCGUGCCGAUACUUGACAAAGGAUGCUGACUUUCAGUGUGACCCAAAAACAGGAAGCAAAUUACUCAGUUCUGGAAAGAAAAACUCAUUUUCACUGCGAGACUGUCUUGGCUUGUUUGGAAGCAUGCCUUCACACACACGUGUACACACUCUUAAUCAAAGGGUUGGGGAACCUGCAACCUACAAAAUGGGACAAUAUCAUCUGGUCCGUUCAAUUCUGAAGACCUCAAAGGAACUGCUCUAAAGCAGUUUAGGUUUAACAUUUAGGCCAUAAUUGUCAUAUUUAAUAAUAUUUGUCCUAAAAUAGGUUCCCCAACCCUUGCUUUGUAAAACCACUGGGACCGUUUUUGUGCUCGGUCAUGAUUGCGCACGGUAAUUUGCUUCCUGUUGUGUUAUCAUUUUUCCUUAGUUCUUUCUGCUUCCUCAAUCAAAUGCAAUGAACAUGUAGGGGAAAAUAAGAGUUCUUUUUAAUUAUUCAUAUAAAAAUUUCCCAUG